AUAACCCUGUACACCAUUUAGUCUCUCUGACACCUAACAAUAAUAUGCCCAGAUAUUGGAUUUAUCUUUUUAUCUUUAUUACUAUCCUUCGUGGUUCAAUUUCUGACAGUAAUUCAWGUUCCUCAAAGCAAAAAAGCUGCCUUAGUCCUAGAAAUGCUCAAGAAAGCCAAGAAGAUGAUUCAGAAACCGUGGACGGACCUUGUARGAUAGGACACACUACUCCCUUAACACGAAUAGAUGGAGUCAAGGUUGGCCACGUAUUUCAGCAAGAUUUGGGAGAUAAAAGCGUUAAUAUCAUCACUCGAGCAAUGAAGCCACCUGUCUUUGAGAUUCCAAACUUCCUAUCAGACAGAGAAUGCGAUUAUAUCAUARCGCUUGCCGAACAACAGAAACUCCAAAACAGCCUUGCGCGAGGAGGUUUAACCAAGUCAGAUGAAAUCGCUAUCCCUGAAGUACAAAGUGGUACGUCAAGUGGUCCAAUAGGCAGGUUUUACGAGUGGGAUUUUAAUCAUGAUGGAAUCAUAACUUCUGAGGAGGCUAUUCAGCUUGCUAAGGAGCAGCAGUAUCUACGCUUAAAUAACGAUGACCUCUUAGAGCUAUUCCAUAAAGUCAAUGCGACCGAAAUGGACGACGGAAAGAUAACAAUAGAAGAGUUUCAGACUAUGAAUACACUUGCUUUAGAAAUAAUGAUGUAUACAUUCGCAUUAUCGCACCCCAAGCAUAGACAUCGAUUCAGCGAACAGACGUGGAUUGACCAAAGAGCCAGAAAACACGAUCCACUACUGAACGGAAUAGUGGAAAGGCUUUUAAAGCUGACUGGUUUAAGCAAAGAAAUUAUAUACGGCAGUGAAAGGAUUCAGGUUGUGCGGUACGUCGAAAAUGGCCACUACCACGCACACUACGACUCUGAGACUCAUACCAGGAGAGAUGUACCUUGCUGUCAUCAAGUUCAUGAUCCCAAGAAGAUGUUCACCUUUGAAAAUCCCUGUCGGCUGUGCAGGUACAUCACAAUUCUUUACUAUCUCAAUGACGUCGAAUCUGGAGGAGAGACAGCGUUUCCAGUAGCUGACAACGUAACGCUAGACAGACCAUUUAUGGAAAACUCGCGAGCCAAACAUGACUACUUCAACCUUAAUGAAAACUGCAAGCAUAGCAACUUGGUAGUUAAACCCCAAAAAGGCAUGGCUAUCAUGUGGUACAACCAUCAUCAAGACUCAGAAAGCGGAUGGCUUGGCGCAAUGGAUGACUACAGUUUACACGGCGGCUGCGCAAUUCAUCGUGGAAUUAAGUGGAUYGCAAAUAAUUGGAUCACAGCUCCUUAUAAGGAACAUAGACACAUAUCUAGUGUAUGGUUAAACUUUACUGGAAGCGGUCGCUAAGGAAUUGAGCGAUAAUCGCCGUGCAUUUGCGUKUUAGAGUUUCAAAGGACAAUCAMAAUAAAAAAUAACCUAAACGUAACCUUAAAAUAACAGCAAGAAGCAAGACAUUGAUUACGUGAUUGCUGAUUAUAGCGUUGAGUAUAUAUUCAUAGACUUAAAAGCACUAGCGACUGUGAUUGMGUUGCUCUGAAGACAAAAUCUUGGCCGCAAUCAUUCUGMCGUGAAGUUGUUCUUCUAUUYUCUUGGAAUUACUAGAUUUUUAUACAAAUAAUUUUUAAAAUAUCUGGAGGCUGCAAGUUCGGUUGAGAUGAUAAUUGACAAACAAGCAAGAWGAAGCAAGAAAGUCGGUAAUAAAAUGACGAAAAUUAUUAAACAAUUGUUAUAUAUAGUUAGGAUUAUCUGAUAUUAAUAAAAAAAAUCAAUUCAAAUGAAAAA